CAAAUUUAGGACUCGCUGCCUCAGGAUUGGGGAUUGCAUUCCAGCGGUGUCCUGGAAAUAUGGGGAUUCAGAAAUCUAUAAAGACACGAUGGCCGUCUGGAUCUACAGACAGGCCCAUCUCAUCGACAGCACACCGAAGCUUCUACAGCAAUUAAAACGAGCACUUCGAAUCAACAGUUCAAGGAACCAACCACUACCAUGGCUGAAUCCUACUCCUCUGAAGACAAGCUGGCAGGCUUUGACUUGAUGCAAACCAACUACAAGACCGUCGACGAGCAUGCUAUCCGUGCCGACCUUAUCAUCCCGCAGAAAGCUGGGUCGGGCAAACGGCCGGUGAUUGUGCACUUUCACGGCGGUGGACUGGUGACUGGAGACUCCCUCUUUAUGGACUGGGUUCCCAGAUGGCUUCUGGAGCUCGCCAAACGAUACGGGGCGGUGAUUGUCUCGCCGAACUACCGUCUCCUGCCGGAGGUGACGAGCCUGGACCUGUUCGCCGACGUGGACGACUUCUGGACAUGGCUACACUCUUCAACGCCUGCGACGGUGCUUGCCGCCCACUCGACCCCAACCGAGCUUGAUCUCGAUCGGGUGCUCAUGGCGGGCGGAUCCGCAGGCGGCCUAUUGAGCAUCUCCCUAGCGCUGUCGCAUCCGGACGAGGUACGCGCGGCCACCGCUGCGUACCCGAUGAUCGAUCUGAACUCGGCGGAUUACAACGAGAAACGAGCCGUUCCCCCACUUGGAACGGACGUGUCGGAGUCCGUGGUGCGGAAGUAUCUGGCGGCCGUGGAGGAUGGAAGCAGCCCCGUCAUCAGUUCGGCGAUGUUGCCCACCCGUAUAGACCUGAUGAUCGGGCUAUUCACCCACGCGAUGUACAAGGAGGAGGUCUACGAGCGAGGCAUCGAGGGAAGCGGCAGUCCGCGUCGUGAGGUCCGCUACCCGUUUGAACGCUUGGACCAGCCGGGCGUCAAGGUGCCGCGGGGCGGAAUCGUCAUCCUCCACGGCCGGCAGGACUCGGUCGUCCCCAUCGGGGGCAGCGAGCGGUUCGUCACCAAGGCACGCAAGGUCUUUGCUGGCCAGCCGGGUGGCGAUCGGAUCGUGCUGGCAGCGCGCGAGGGCGAGCAUGGUUUCGACACCGAUGUGGCCUGGGAUACGAAUUGGGUCAAGGAGGCUUUAGAGGCUGCUGUGCAGGCUUGGCUUGAAUAGAUCUCUAUUAUCUAAUCUUUGUAUUACCUAUUAUAUAUUCAUCUACUUACUAUCCUAUCUAAAUUAUUUUUUAUUUACAAUAUUCCGCGGA